AUGUCCAAUAGUUCUCCUAUGCCCACCCCUCCAAGUACAUGGUAUUAUCGUCUAUCAUGGCUUCACACUGCAAUAUUCGUAGUCCUUUCCACCAUCUUUUACACUAACAUGGUCUCUUGCUCCAAAACAGACAUCCCUUACAACAAACACUGUGCCUUGAUUGUCCCUGAAUCAAAUCCUAAUGCUUUUCCUCAAUUCACCACCAUCCCUUUUGCUCAAAACCAAGAUGGGUACUUCCUUGGCGGGGAAGAAAUAUUGAAUCAUCCAAACUCAUCUGGAUACAAUUAUCCAUCAAGUAACAGGAGAGUUCUAUUUUUUCUUACCCACAGUGUCUAUAGCACUGGUGUUGAUGAUAUCUAUAAGGUUGAGGCAACUUUGAUGUUGAAAACCUCGGAUUUUGAGUAUUACACGGACGGAGGCAUCUCUGGUGGGGGUCCUUUGAGUUUUGAAAUAGAAGGCUUCUGGUCAAUAUCUACUGGCAAGCUUUGCAUGGUUGGCUCUGGUUCUACCUACUCAGAAGACGGUAAACAUCAUGUUCUUGCUGCUCUACUUAAGCUUGAUGAUGUUAGAAAUUCGAGCACUAUUAGUAGUUUGGUAAGGGGAGCAUUGGAAAGCCUGAGUACUGAAGGUGAUUCAGAUUAUUUUAAGCCAAUCUCCUUGCUGAUGUUCCCUCAAAUUAAUUACAAGUACACUAAGGUUGAAAAAGCUCUUGAUCAUGUCUGUUCUGGAGGGAUUGAGGUUCCAAAGAGUUUGUCACUUGGCUUAAAGCUGAGUUCACCUAUUUGCCAAGCAUUCUAUCGUUGGAAUGAAUGGUUUAAACUGGAGUAUUCAAGUGGCUGCAAGUCCACAAACAGCCGUAGUCCUUUUAGUGAGGGUGUCGGUUAUUUACCCCAAAUCAUGUCCUUGAGACCAAUUCAAUGUUCAGAAGAUGGACGAAGUUUGAGGUUUCUGAUAAAAUUUCCCAACAGUAGCUAUGAUGAUUAUUACCACCCUUUCAAUCCGGACACAACAUUGGUUGCGGAAGGAUCAUGGGAUGUGAAUAAGAAUCGGCUUUGUGCUGUUGCUUGUCGAAUCUUGAAUUCGACCAACUCUUUGAAUAACUCUCAUAUUGAGGAUUGUUCAGUGAGGUUGAGUUUCAGAUUCCCUGCAGUUUGGUCAAUCAGAAAUACUAGUGAUAUGGUGGGGAAUAUUUGGAGUAACAAACCUGGGAAUGAUUCAGGUUACUUCAAUACGAUCAUGUUUCGAAGUUAUGAAAAUUUUUUAGUUGGCAUUCCGGGGUUGAGGUAUGAGUAUACCGUGGUUGACAAAGCACGAAAGUCAUGCCUAGAGAAGCAGCCUAGUAAAACCAAAGGAAGGCGGUAUCCAGAUGCAAAUUCAAAUGACAUGCGGUUCGAUAUGGCGGUCAAGAACUCCAAAGGAAGAAGAAUAUUGGGAUGGGGCUUCUCUAAACCCAUCUUUGUGGGCGAUCAAAUUGCUCGGCAGAGCAAUUAUUUGAUUUCAUCAAGCUCAAGGGCUGGUAACUCUCUGGUUAAGAGAAAAACCAACCAUAGCACCCCACUGAACAUCAGCUACCAAAUGAGCUUCCAAUUGAAUAAGUCUACAGACGUUCAAGUCUUCGCGGAAGGAAUUUAUGAUACUGAAACGGGAAAACUUUGUUUGGUGGGCUGCAGAUAUCUUGACUCAAACAGCCAGACGCCAGAUAAUGUUUCAAUGGACUGUAAAAUUCUUAUCACUGUCCAGUUCCCUCCAGUAGAUUCAAAUGAUUAUAUCAAGGGAAGCAUCGAAAGCACAUGGGAAAAAGAUGAUCAUCUAUACUUCGAGCCUCUUUCCUUUUCUGCCGUUUCAUUUUAUAGUCGUCAUUCGAGAGAGUCAAUACGGAGGAUGGAUCUGGAGAUCAUCAUGGUUUUGAUCUCUAAUACUCUCGUAUGUAUCUUUGUGGUACACCAGAUCUUGCAUUUGAAAAAGCAUCCCGAUGUUUUCCCUUUCAUCUCACUUAUCAUGCUUUUUGUACUUACUCUCGGGCACAUGAUCCCUCUAAUGCUGAACUUUGAAGCUGUGUUUGUGCCAAAGGAAAGUCGCACAACUGUUCUUCGAAGGAGUGGUGGAUGGCUAGAAGCGAAUGAGGUGCUUGUGAGGGUGGUCACGAUGGUAGCUUUUCUACUACAAUUCCGACUUCUGCAGAUUGUAUGGUCUGCACGAUUGGCUGAUUGGAAGCAAAAGGCAUUCUUGGCUGCUGAGAAGAGGACACUCUAUGUGUCUUUGCCAUUGUAUGUAUGCGGGGGUGUAAUUGCUGUGUACGUGAAUUGGAGGAAUAAUAAACUAGAUGACGGGAUGCAGUACACUUAUCAGCGUUCCCUUUGGGUGGAUUUAACGUCUUAUGCUGGUUUGGUACUUGAUGGUUUUCUUCUUCCUCAAAUCCUCCUCAACAUUUUUCACAACUCGACAGAAAAGACGCUCUCUCGUUUCUUCUACAUUGGAACCACAUUUGUGCGCUUGCUACCACAUGCUUAUGAUCUUUACAGGGCUAACUACUAUGUCGAAGAUUUUGAUGGUUCAUACAUGUAUGCCAACCCAGAUGCAGAUUAUUAUUCCACUGCCUGGGAUGUCAUUAUUCCUCUAGUGGGUUUUCUGUUUGCUGCAAUCGUAUACCUGCAGCAGGGAUUUGGCGGUCGCUGUUUCAUGCCAAAAAGAUUCAAGGGCCCGGAAGGAUAUGAGAAAGUACCUGUUGCUAGUAAUGCAUAA